AUGGAGUUGUCGAAAAACUCGCUCGAGCAGUGCUCUUCCCAAGGGAAAAGAGAAAUCUCUGAGGAAGAUGUCAUCGAAAACGCGAGUUAUAUUCCCUAUCACGAUCUAUUCUCGAGUUCGGUCAGUCAUAUUCCAGAGAAAAUAUUUGACGGAAAGACAGAGGUGAUUUUAUUAGAGCGAGAAGAUGGGACGAGGGAAACAGCGAAUCGCCAGGUGAUCGAGCUGAGCGAUAGCGACUCCAAGAUGAUUUUGCGACGACAGCUCAGAGAGAUGGCGAAACGUGGAGGUUCAAAUUCGCGGAGCGACGCGACGUACUAUGAAAAUAUGGAAAUUUUGCGAAAACUACCGCCGGAUACCGUCGUGAUAAGACAAGAAGCGAGAGCAAGUAGAGAGGAUAGCGAUUAUAGGGAGUUGAUGGAAACGAAUAGUAGUGGAAGCAGCUCGACUUCCGAUUGCACAACUGCUAAAGCAAAACGAUUUACCCGAGCCAGGAACAAAACUCGUGAAACGGUAGAGGUGAGACGAAAUCCCAUGCGGGUAUCCAAGAAAAACAUUGAUAAGGAUUUCACUCGAUCUAAACGACUAUUGGUCAAUAAUAAGAAAGAAAUUUGCACGAAUUACAAAUCUAAUAAAUCAGUCACGAUGCCUUACAUGAAAACUAGAUCGGUCACCCGGAAAAUGUAUAACGUGGGUGCAACUUAUCAGGCACCUACCAAAAAAGAUGAGACUGAAUGGAAGGAAUGGCCUGCGCAUGGAAUGCACGAAAGACCGGUUUACCAUCCUCAAGCUGGUCUAGCAGUGGAAUACCUAGGGAGAUAUUUCACCAGCCUCGAUGGAUUAUCCUAUUGUGAGAUUAUUGACAAGCCGGAAAUCGAGGUGGUCGCCGUCGAUCCGUAUCACGAUCGACGAGUUCCUUCUGUCGAGAAGAAACCAAAAGCAAAGACAAAAGGGAAAAGCAAAUGUUCGUCGAACCCCAAAGAUGCACGUAACACUUACUUCGUCGCAGAGGACAAGUCCUUCGAGACAUGCAUGCACGGAAGUCUUCAUUGCGUACUCGGUUAUUGCUCGCAACUUAUGACACCAGCGUAUAAGCAAGUUAUGGAAGAGAGGACGAAGUUAACAAUUUCUGCACCAAAGACGAGCUCUUUGGAAACGGCAAAUGUCAUGAAUAACGCUACGAGUUCUUCGCAAAACGCCGAAAAAGCAAGGUUAAUUGAAGCCAUUGAUGUAGCGCAAAACGUUCAGAAGAAAAGUGUCGCGAACAACCCAAGCGGUCGAAGGAUCACUGCGACUUAUCCAUCAGCUUCAGCCACAUAUGUACCAGAGGCACAGAAGUCGAUUGUGGAGAGCGAUGGCUCAAAAGUUAUUCCGCAGAGCGGAGAUAUGAUUAAGAUGAACUGCCUAAAACGGAUUUUGCGAGAUGCUUCAAGCAACUCUUUGAUCCUACUAAGGAAUUCGGUCGCGAAAACAAGCAAUGAAAACUGCACAGCAAUCCCAAAAGAUGUCUCCAAUUUAGUCAACUUGAAAGACACGUCAUCUACAGACGACAAACCACCAACAAACAUGUCGUCGAUCUAUAAAAACCUGGUUUUAGCGGACGAGUCAGAUUUGGGUCGCGAGAAAUCAUCAGUGAAAACUAAUUUGUACACCGUAAAGAGAUAUCCCACAAGUGGACGAGAGAAUACAGCGAAGAAGAUUUUUCUGGAGGACCAAUUGGAGAGCGAGAAGACUGUCCAUGCUAAAGAGAAUUAUAAAAAUAGAAAUACUGAUAAAACAAAGAUGAACAAAGAGUCAAAUGAUGAAAUUCUGAUGGUGAAUUCCGGCAAGAACAGUGCGCAAUGCGCCAGUGAGACCUCGGAAAUCGCUAGAAUCCUGUCGGAAUACAACAACAGCUCGUUGAGACAAUCUGCGAUGCAUCAUCGAGGUGUUUCGAAAAGUAUGAAAGGAUACAUGACUGAUUCAAGCGGCAAGGCUUCGCCGAAGGACUUCUGGCAGAAGAAUGUGACAGCAGAAGGAAGUCAAAACUUCAACAAACUAAUUCCGAAUGCAUACGCGGAUACCUUCUCUCUUUUACACGAAAAUAUAUGUUCUAUGAAGAGAUAUAAUAUGGCGCUGAAAGAACAGCUCAAAGAGAUUGCUAGCAAUACUCAAAGUGCUCGGAACAGCUGUUCAAUAUCAUUAGAGAAUAGUCCUUUCAUAGAUCAAUCGAUGAACCUAAAUACAUUAAGACAGAGAGAAGCGAGAGAGAAGCCUGCUAAAUCUUAUAAGGAGCGCGAAAUUAUUGUGACUGAAGCAAAACCGCAGGAAGGAAAAUCGGAGCAUUCAGAAGACGCGAUUGAAGUCUCGACGACAGAACCGUUGCAGGAAUUGCUAGAGAACACUGCGAUCUUAUAUUGUGCUGCCAGUGGAGUUCACCAAGACGACCUAUCGACCUAUAUUGACACUCUUGACAGCAAGCAGAGCAUUCAAUGGCUAGAGAGUCGGAAUAACUCAACCAUGUGAAGAAAAUUGAACAUAAA